AUGCAGAUCUUUGUGAAAACACUCACCGGAAAAACUAUCACUUUAGAAGUUGAGGCUUCUGAUACCAUUGAAAAUGUGAAAGCCAAAAUCCAGGAUAAGGAAGGUAUCCCCCCUGAUCAACAACGUCUUAUUUUCGCUGGCAAGCAGCUUGAGGAUGGACGUACUCUUUCCGACUACAAUAUCCAGAAGGAGUCCACCCUUCACUUGGUUCUCCGUCUUCGUGGAGGUAUGCAGAUCUUCGUCAAGACCCUCACUGGAAAGACCAUCACCCUCGAGGUCGAAGCUUCUGACACCAUUGAAAAUGUAAAGGCUAAGAUCCAAGAUAAGGAAGGAAUCCCACCUGAUCAACAACGUCUUAUCUUUGCCGGAAAGCAGCUGGAAGACGGACGUACUCUGUCUGACUACAACAUUCAGAAAGAAUCCACCCUUCAUUUGGUUCUCCGUCUUCGAGGAGGAAUGCAGAUCUUUGUUAAGACUCUCACAGGAAAGACCAUCACUCUUGAGGUCGAGGCUUCUGAUACUAUCGAGAAUGUCAAAGCUAAAAUCCAAGAUAAGGAAGGAAUCCCACCUGAUCAACAACGUCUUAUCUUCGCUGGAAAGCAACUUGAAGAUGGUCGUACUCUCUCCGACUACAACAUCCAGAAGGAGUCCACUCUUCACUUGGUUCUUCGUCUUCGAGGAGGAAUGCAGAUCUUUGUUAAGACCCUCACUGGAAAGACCAUCACUCUUGAGGUCGAAGCUUCUGACACCAUCGAGAAUGUAAAGGCCAAAAUCCAAGACAAAGAAGGAAUCCCACCAGAUCAGCAACGUCUCAUCUUCGCUGGAAAGCAGCUUGAGGAUGGACGUACUCUUUCCGACUACAACAUCCAGAAAGAGUCCACCCUUCACUUGGUUCUCCGUCUUCGUGGAGGUAUGCAGAUCUUCGUCAAGACCCUCACCGGAAAGACCAUCACCCUCGAGGUCGAAGCUUCUGACACCAUCGAGAAUGUGAAGGCCAAGAUCCAAGACAAAGAAGGAAUCCCACCAGAUCAGCAACGUCUCAUCUUCGCUGGAAAGCAGCUUGAGGAUGGACGUACUCUCUCGGACUACAACAUCCAGAAAGAGUCCACCCUUCACUUGGUUCUCCGUCUUCGAGGAGGUAUGCAGAUCUUCGUCAAGACCCUCACCGGAAAGACCAUCACCCUCGAGGUCGAAGCUUCUGACACCAUCGAAAAUGUGAAAGCUAAGAUCCAAGAUAAGGAAGGAAUCCCACCAGAUCAGCAACGUCUUAUCUUCGCUGGAAAGCAGCUUGAGGAUGGACGUACUCUCUCGGACUACAACAUCCAGAAAGAGUCCACCCUUCACUUGGUUCUUCGUCUUCGUGGAGGUAUGCAGAUCUUCGUCAAGACCCUCACCGGAAAGACUAUCACCCUCGAGGUCGAAGCUUCUGACACCAUCGAAAACGUGAAGGCCAAGAUCCAAGAUAAGGAAGGAAUCCCACCUGAUCAACAACGUCUCAUUUUUGCUGGUAAGCAACUUGAGGAUGGACGCACUCUCUCCGACUACAACAUCCAGAAGGAGUCCACUCUUCACUUAGUUCUCCGUCUUCGAGGAGGAAUGCAGAUCUUUGUCAAGACUCUCACUGGAAAGACCAUCACCCUCGAGGUCGAAGCUUCUGACACCAUCGAGAACGUUAAAGCAAAAAUCCAGGAUAAGGAAGGAAUUCCCCCUGAUCAACAACGUCUUAUCUUCGCUGGAAAGCAGCUUGAGGAUGGACGUACUCUCUCUGAUUACAACAUCCAGAAGGAGUCUACUCUCCACCUGGUCCUCCGUCUUCGUGGAGGAUAA